CAAGUCAUCACUCUUAUCUCUCAAGACAACACACACAGCAAUGGCACCAACUUUCUCUUCCCUCUUUCUUUCUCUUCUCAUCCUUCUUCUCACUCCUCUCUCCUCAUCUGCGAGAACUCAUUACAACAAAGCUUCCCAAUCUUCAAAAGUACUCAGUUCCCCAAAAACACAAGCACAGAAGCUCAUCCAGGCCUUUAACUUGUCUCCCAAACAUGCCUUCAACACGGGCAGCCCGGUACGGGAGGAAGACUCUUCGGUAGAUGCUCCACUAAUGGUGGAAAAGGAUUUGGUGUUUCCUAAUGUCGUUGGUGACCCGGCAAAUAAUUCUAUUCAAUUCUUGGGUCACCAUGCCGGUUAUUAUCGCCUUCCACAUACUGUAGAUGCAAGGAUGUUCUACUUUUUCUUUGAAUCAAGAAAAAGCAACAAGAGUGCUCCAGUAGUUAUAUGGCUAACUGGAGGCCCAGGGUGUAGCAGUGAACUGGCUUUGUUCUAUGAAAAUGGUCCUUUCCAUAUUUCUGAGAACUUGUCUCUUAUUUGGAAUGAUUUUGGCUGGGACCAGGAAUCAAACAUAAUUUUUGUAGACCAGCCAACUGGAACUGGUUUUAGUUACAGUUCUAAUGCAAAUGAUACUCGCCACAAUGAAGAGGGUAUUAGCAAUGAUCUAUAUCACUUCUUGCAGGAAUUCUUCAAGCAACAUGGUGACUAUGUAAACAAUGACUUCUACAUAACCGGAGAAUCAUAUGCCGGUCACUACAUUCCGGCUUUCGCUUCUCGGGUUCACAAGGGUAACAAAGCCAACGAAGGAAUUUUCAUCAACCUCAAGGGAUUUGCAAUUGGGAAUGGACUGACUAAUCCAGCAAUCCAGUUCAACGAAUAUGCUGAUUUUGCAUUGUACAUGGGAAUCAUUAAACAAUCUCAAUACACCAAUGUUACCGACUUGGUUCCUCCAUGUGAACAAGCAAUCCAAGCUUGUGCUACAAAUGGAUCAACUGCAAGUUGCACGGAUGCAUUCCAUGUUUGCCUCAACAUAUUCGACGAGGUCUUGUUUCUCAACGGCACUGAUCUUAAUCAUUAUGAUAUAAGAAAGCAAGGCGGCUACGACUUCUCAAAAAUGGAGGAAUUUCUGAACCAGGAUGCGGUUCGACAAGCACUUGGGGUUAACAAUACUGAAUUUGUUGCGUGUAGCACCACCGUGUACGAUGCCUUGGUGGCCGACUGGAUGAAGAAUCUGGAAGUUGGGAUUCCUGCUCUUCUUGAAGAUGGAAUCAACGUGCUUAUAUAUGCUGGGGAGUAUGAUCUCAUUUGCAACUGGCUUGGGAAUUACAAAUGGGUUACUGCCAUGCAAUGGUCUGGUCAGAAAAACUUCAGAAAUGCUCCCAUUGCUUUCUUUCUAGUUGAUGGUGUACAGGAAGGAGUCAUGCGUAGCUAUGGGCCCCUAACUUUCCUCAAGGCAUAUAAUGCUGGUCACUUGGUUCCAAUGGAUCAACCCAAAGCUGCACUAGAAAUGCUGAAGAGGUGGACACAAGGCACACUUACUGUGGCAGGGGAUCAAGCCAACAUUCCCACCUUAGACUUUGGUUCUCUCCAUUUUUGAAAAAAAGAUUCAUGAACUUCUCUGUUUUGAGUCAAAUACCAACAGCGGCAACCAAACAAAUUGGCGCGAAAGCUUUAUUUCCUUUUGAUCCUCCUACAGUACCAAGAACAAUCAUACUCAAACAAACCAAAAUAACAUUGUUCAAAAAAAAAA